AUUCCAUACUCUGGCAACACUGGUAAAGGCAUUGGAAUUAAGCAAAAGGCAAAAAGACAUUGACAUUGGCAUUACAAAAAGGAAACGAGGAAAUAUUUAGCUGUGCAGUCAAAUCCCCAGAGCCCCGUCGUCAACCCGACCAAGGAGUAGAAGAGCAACACAAGAGCAAAUAUGUCACAGGCAUUGAAUCCAUCAUCAGCUGAAGGAAGUGGAAGUGGAGGUGGAGUGCCGUUACGCCGGGAUUAUGGAGCCACCGCUGAUACGGCUGCUGUAAUGCCUGAUGUUAAUUUCACCACACCGGGCGGCUCGUCUGGCUUCAGUCCCACAGAGUUUAUGUCGCUCAGCGAGGAUAUUGGCCACAAUAUCACAUCCGUGCUCAACAGCUCCAAGCAAUUGGAGAAGCAAUUAAAAUUCAUUGGCACACCCAAAGAAAUGCCAGCAUUGCAUGAGAAAAUCCACGGCAUUAAUACAAAAACAAAUGCUAAAGUAGCCACAACCAGACAGGAUUUGGAACGCCUGCGGGCUGUUGUCCGCCAUGGUGAUCGUCAGCAGAGAUUACAAUGGGAGAAACUGACACAAGAGUUUCAGAAUGUGAUUGAAAAAUACUCAACUAUACAGAAACGCAUCUCAUCGGCGGCUCGACAAAGCUAUCAGCAAAUGUUAGUCGCGGAUCAUGAGGCAGAGGUGAAUGCCAGAGCAGAGCUUCUACAGGAGCAGCGGCAGGAGCAGGCAUCCAUGCAACAGGAGCAUGAUAUGUUAGUGGAACGUGAACGGCAACUGACACUUAUAGCGUCCGAUGUCAUUGAUACGCAUCAAAUAAUGGGCACAUUAAGGAGUUAUGUCCAUCAACAGGGUGAACAAUUGGAUUUAAUUGAGAACAGUAUUGAGCAGGCGGCCAGCAAUGUGGAGGAGGGGCGCUCGGAAUUGGCUAAGGCGGCUAGAAGUCGUCAGAGCUAUCGUCGCAAGAUUCUAAUACUUUUAGUAAUUGCUGUGAUAAUAGGUUUAAUUGUAACUGGCAUUGUUGUUGCCAAAUUCAGCAGUUAAUUGUUUUAUAUAUAUAUAUACACACACAUACAUACAUAUACAUACACAUACACACACACUUACACAUACACAUAUACAUACAUAUAAACGCAAACAAAAAAGCGGAAUAGCAUAUUUAAUAAUUUUUUUGUAAAACAGUUUUUAUAAAAACAAGAGAAAACAGAAAAAAAACAACAACACAACAAAAAAACAAAACAGAAAGAAUAAGUCGAUAUACAUACAUACAUACAUACAUAUAAUAUAUAUAUGAAAUGUUGGAAAGCGAAAUUCUGUUUAUUCACUAAGUGAGUAAAGACAACAACAAGAUCAACAAAUUAUAAAUAACUUUCAAAGUUGUUGCAAAAAAACAAAAACAACAAAAACCACAAUAACAGCAAACAACAACAACAAAUUAUUCAGCGCUUUUAAAUGUUAAUCAGUUUAAUCUUGUUAAAAACAAAUAUUGUGUUUUGCAUUGAAUGUGAAAAUUAUUUGUUUUGUUUUACAUUUUGUAUUUAGUUAACAAAAAACAAAAAAUGAGGGAAACAUAUGAAAAAGAAGAAGCAAAGCAACAUACAACAAAUACAAGCAAAUAGGCAACAACAAAUAUAUAUGUUAACAAUUAUUGGAAAUUGAUUAAAUAAGUGAGCCUGCAAUCUAAAAGAAAAGAAAACAAAAUAAUAAAAUUAAGAUAUAUUUGAACUUAA